ACGCGUCCCCGGCCGCUCAGCGCGCGCGCGCAACCUCGCUCAUGCAUUUAACGAAUUUUUGUAGUCAAUAAUCUAGUUCGUAAAAAAAUUGUUAAACGAGUAUCACGAAAAGUUCGAGAGAGUGCCUCACUUCCGAGAAUGGAUGCUACGCGAGGAUUAUAGUGUUCACGAGUUAAAAUAUUUUAUUUAACAUGAGCGGGAGAGAAGGCGGAAAUGCAGUUCCGUCUUCGAGUGCAGGUACGGGUGGCAAGAACGGCGUGACGGACGUGACGCGGCGCGGCCGCUGCAAGUGGUUCAACGUCGCCAAGGGCUGGGGCUUCAUCACACCGGAUGAUGGCGGACAAGAUGUCUUCGUGCAUCAGAGCGUCAUCCAGAUGCCGGGCUUCAGGUCGCUGGGGGACGACGAGGUGGUGGAGUUCGAGUGCAAGGAGUCAGACAAGGGGCUGGAGGCCACGCGCGUGUCCGGGCCCUCCGCAGUGGACUGCCAGGGCUCCCACCGCCGCCCGCUCUCCAAAAAGCGGUUUAGAAAGAUACGCUGCUACAACUGCGGGGAGUUCGCCAACCACAUAGCGGCCAAGUGCAGCAUAGGCCCGCAACCAAAGAGAUGUCACAACUGCAAGAGCGAGGACCAUCUGAUUGCAGAUUGCCCGAUAAAGGUCGAAAAGAAGAAAGAUGAUUCGCAGUCGAAGAAUUCUGAUAGCACCGAGGGCAGCCCGCAGGGGAGUCCACAGUAAUCUUAAACGAAGGACUUCCCACGAAGAUGAUCAACAUCUCACAUCAUCGAAGUUUCUGGAAGGCGAUCACGAAAAAGAACCAUCGCGCCUUCCGAUUUCAUUUCCAAAAUUGACAAGCAAACCUUAUUCGGAUUAGUUAUGUUUACGGUUACAUUUAGUUACAUAUCUACCUCAUAAUAACAAAGAAACUAUUUAAAAUACAAGACUGAUGAAACAAAACCAUUAAGUACAAAUCCUUAUUGUAGAUUCUUAUUUAAGUUGUGUCAAACGUAACGUAGUACAAAUUAAUGUGUUCGAAUGUUCGGUAGGUACCUUAAUUUUUUUUACAUAAUAUUUUAUACCCAAAGUUUUGUGUGUUUAUAUGAUUAUAAAUUUGUUGCUAUAUUAUUAUAAACAGCUAGGAUAAGGUUGCAGGUAAGGAUUUAUUUAGGUGACAUUGUAGCCGUAGGUGGUUCAGAGUACCCGUGUAAGUUUUUUGUUCUAGUAUAAAAUGCUGCUAAUAUCAACUAUGGACUCGGUCUCUGCACAUGUAUCUUACCACUUCCAUUCUACUUGAAAUAUUUUCAAUUUUCAUCCCAAAUUCUACAUAUUAAGCAUAUUAUAUUACGUCAUCAUAAGUUAAAGCGUAGAGGCUAUUUCCGCAUUCUGUAUGACGUCACGAAAAUUAAAGCAGAAACUCAAGUCACUUUAUCUUCUUCAACGAUCAUUCACAUACCAACUUUUUAAAUCCCGUUAGGUAUUUUUUAAUAAGAUAUUGUAAAAAUGGAAGUACAACAUUUUCAUGUUCUAAAACAAAACUCAAACAGCCCGAUAAAACUAAAAAAUUCGGCGAACCGUAUUCAUAAAAAUCUGCUUUAAUUUCCCAUCAAAACGGUUACAAUGGUGCAAUUUUACUCUAUUUUUAUGUUAAGGUAUAUUUUAUCCCAACGA